AUGAUGAAUAACACCAUUCUUGAUUCUUGCUUCAAUGGCGGUCAUAACUUUUUAAACCCUAACAAAAGAUCUCACCCUUUUCGCAACCCAUAUUCAGAAAAACGCCCAAAAACUCAACAUUACGAAACCAGGACAUCACCCAUUAAUCAUCUUCCAAUUUUUCCUUUUAACCCUAAUCUUGUUGUACCUCCUCUCAUGCCUCCUCCGUCGUCACAACAAAGGGCUAAUCUUUAUCUCAGUCAACCAAUUGUCAAUUCUUUUCUGGAGGGACUUAUUUCGCUGUCUAAUAAUAAACAAGCCCCUACUGCCGCUGAGGAUCCUAUAGGACUUCAGUUCGAUUCCGCCAAACUCAAACUGCGUCAUGAGAUUGUCAUAAGUUCUCUUUACGGUGAUCUCCCGAGAUGGGAAUGGCAUUUCAGAAAGACGAGGAACCGGCUGGUCAGGAAGAAGGCAAAGAGAGCACCAGUGUCUCGAAAGUACUUUCCGGGCGUUGAUGCGAAUGGAAGAAUUAUAAACUAUGGCGAGGAAGAGAGCGAGAUCGAAGAGAAAACAUUCGGGGUUUUAGCAGAUGAAGAUCAGAGAGAGUGCCAAGUGUGCAAGGAGGGUUUUGAGGAGCUCUUUUGUGAGGAGAUGAAUGACUGGGUCUAUCCAGGCACAGCUUAUUUGGAUGCAACCCAAGGAUCAACGAGAGCUCCGUACAAGUCUUUGAUCGGUCGGAUUGUGCAUGCUAAGUGUGUCUGUACAAAACAAGAAAUCAAAUCUUUGUUGGUGUCUAAGGGACAUGAAAUCUUUUUAGGUUUUGUAAUUUCCAGUGGAAGUUUUUGUCUGAACAUAUGUAUGUAUCAGCCUGUUAAUCAAUGA